AUGGAGGCAGCCACACCUAACUUGCAGCAUUCUUUCGGACUGGGCCCUCGAGGUCCAAACCCAAAGCUUGGAUCUGAGCACACUGCUCCUGGUCCGCCUCGCUCUGAGGAGCAGCACCACAAACCCUUCUUCUACAUACAGUCGUCGCAGCCUUACAUGCCCGUUCAGGGUCUGCAGUGGCCUGUGGCCAUGCCUGUGCCCAUGUCUUACAACCCAUAUUAUGGUUAUCCCGGCUUAGGGUUUGGCCUUCCAAUGAUGCCUCACUAUCAGCAAAAUCCCUAUGUUGAGCCCCCUGGAUUUGUUGUUCCUCAUACCCACCUCCAUUUGAUGGACUACAGGCGCAUGCUGAAUCAGCAGUACUACCACACCAUGGCCUACCAUGCCCGCCGGUUCCGUUACCAGCACAACUCUGCGUCCAAAGAGAUGACCAGCUCUGAGGUUCAAACUGAGCCACUUCUAUCAGUUCAUAGGACCAGUACCCCAAGGUCCAGCGAGUGCUCCACCAACAAUACUCCUGGUGUCUCUACAGAUCAGCUGCAGUCACCAGCUUUGACUGUACAUUCAGAGGGACAUUCUUCGGAGAUCCAAGAGAAGGCAUCCUCUUCAAACGCUGGGACUCCAUCAAACAGCAGCUUUGUGAUUCAAACUGAGGAAGUGAGGAUUGAAUGCUGCACCACACCAGUUGGACUCCAACUACUGCACUCUCAUGAGGCUGCAGAAGUGUCCCACAGCUUUUCCCAGGAUCUGGUCCAGUGUAGUUCUCUUACUCAAAGCGGUAUCCUGCAGGAUGAGGGGCUGGACCUUCCAGCAGACCCGUCUGAACAGAACCCAAAAGUUUGUCCAGACAUCCUGUUAGUUGGUAUGCCGCACACUGAGAAGGCUAAUUCCCAAAAGCAGCCCAGAAACCAGGUGGCUUGUGUGAUUGCAAACGAAGCAGGAGAGACUAGAAGUGAUCAAGAUUUGAGUUUGAACUCGAAGAGUUUUCACUUCAAAGUUGUACAGGUGCCGUUUGAUCCAACAUAUUUGGACAAACUUAGGAAAAUGGAAUCUACAGUCUGGUCGGCAGAGGAAACCUUCAUGACUUCGCCUGUGAGUGCUUCCAAUAAAGCAAUCAAUGAUUUACCUGCAGAAAAACCACCAGAAAUGCUAAUGUUGACUACAGAGGUUCCUACUGAUGAAGUAAUUCCUGUAAAAGAGAUGCCUCCACUGGCGGAGGUUGAACUGGAGGAAAUUAUCCCCACAGUAGGAAGUAUCGAAAGCAUGUCCAACACCAAUAUCUGCCCUGGUACGUGUGAUGUUCCACUUCCCGAGCUAACGAAGGCAUCAGAGGUAACUCUUUCAACUACUAUUCUGUUGGACAACUCCCCUCCUGAAUCGGAUGGAGAGCAACACCAGCAUGAAACUACAAAUGACCAAGAUCACCAGGACACCUCCUUUGAAUCUUUGCCUGCCUACCUUCCUUCCACCAGUUGGCUUUCUGACUUUGAUCAUAGCUAUUACUGCAGAAAAAUGCCACUACCUUCCAUCAAGCAGAACAGACAAAUUAGUCUUCAUGGUCCAGAGGUUUCAAAAAGGAGAAGAAAGCUAGAUUUGGAUUAUAAAGAUCAACCUAAUGUUCGGAAACCAAAAGAGAGGUACAAGCCUAAAGGCAAGGUGGAUCGGCAAAGUAUCUCUGACCACGAGUGCUGCCUGAGCAGAAAUCUCAAUGAGAACAGGUUCAGCUCUCGCAGGUCAAAGAAUGAGCGUCUCUGCACAAGAUGUACGACAAAACGAAGAAUCAGCACGUCUCCUAUUUCAGUUCGUGACGGCCGUACCUCUAAAAGGAAAGCUGUUCCCUUCCAGCAGUGGAAUAAUGUCCUACCAACAUGUGAAGCGUGCAAAUCGCACGGUAAGGGGCAACUCGUGAGAAAAAGUUCCAAUCCGGAUCUUUGCUCUCCCCACUACGGGCAUGACACAGAGGGGGAAUCCUCUGGGAACAGCUCAUGCUGGACGGGACCCAAAUGGAGGGUUGCUGGCAACUCUAAAAAACUUCAGGACAUCAAGAGGCCGCUGGCAUCCAGGCAGAUGGUAACCAGAAGUCCUGCAGCAAUCCCAGCGAUGCUAAGGGAGAGGAACUGUGCUCAUAAACCAGAACCACAAAACCAGUCUGUUGGUUGGGAAAGGCUGCGCCACUGUCCGCAUGGGAACACCAUCCAAGAGACUGACGAGAACUGCGCUGUUCCGGUGUCACUUGAGGAGAAAUGGAGAAGCCUGGAUCAGCUGUACCUGACGCACAGAGGGCAAACCGCAAAGAGGUCAUGGAGGGAUCCGACGCCCACCACUCGCAACGGUCGCUUCAUGAAGGAGGCUACACUACAGCACUUUAUUAAUCACAAGAAAACUCAACCACUGUCACAAGGAACCUACACAACAGAAACAAGAUGCUGAUUUGCACAAGAGCACAACUCAACUGAGCACAACCAAUGUUUUUAAAUGAUCAACACUUAAAUUAUUUGGCACUUUAUUCAAGUAUGUAAAUAAGCACUAUGUCCACUAUUUAUUGUGACUAAAAUAAACACAGAUUUCAUAGUUUUUGCAAA